AUUAGUCAGAUCUCUGCCUACCGUUGGCCACGCCAGUGCGGAACAGUGAACCCCUGCGUCACCGUGUGCGGUUUUUCAGUGCGACUCCAGUGUGUAUGUGUUUUCACCCCGUGCGUUUUUCGGGAUGCAAUAUCCUCUGUGGUCUGUGGCGUGUGGCGUGUGAAGUAAAACCCCCGAAACAGCAAAAGUAAGCUCGAUAUUCUUAAUCUGUGAUUAAAAAGCAAGUGAGCGGUUUAAAGAAAACAAAAAAAGCGAAUCAUUUCCAAGUGUCCAUUACUCAGUGCAAUUUGUGUACCGUCGACGACAAGUAGUAGUGGCACAACACUGUGAAAACGAAAACAAGUGAAAAUUUAAAACCUCUCCAUUAGCGGGCAGAAGGAGAUCGUUUUGAGUGGUUAAGCGUGAAGCGUGUGAAAAGAAAGCGAGCAAGAAAGAGCGCGAAAAAGGAAAGUGCUGGAAAAAAUAAUCCCAUUUUUCACACGCAACUCCGAAACUUCCUUUUUUUUGUUAGUGCUUGCAGAGUGAACCGUGAAAUAAUCAUCACCACCAUCACCACCACGCAAAACAAAAGCCGUGUUUGGUGAGAUUUCUGGUCCACCCGUUCAGCACAUCGUACACCGUGGCGUAUUAUUAUUGCUAUUAUAUUCGGCUUUAAUUGGAUUAAAACCUCGGGGCCCAUCGUGCGCCUGUUUGCGGGCAAAGCCACCGGAACCGCGAGACAAACCUGCAUCAGCGCCAGCCACCCAGCCCGGACGGGGGCGCACCAUGUGGGUCGUCCAGUGUGGGGUGUAAGCUGUACACGGAUGCUGUACGGUGUGUAACCGAAGCCCGAGCGACGGACCACGGCCGGCGGGGAAGCUUUCGCUUCUAUUUAUUUUUGCUUUCUCCUCCACGUUCCCUACUCGCCUGGUUUGCGUCGUGCGUGGUCGAGCGUUGAGUAUGGAAGCGUUGUGAUUAUGGUACCGGCUGGUACACGCCCGGAAAAAGGCCAGUGUGCAUCGAGCGUAAACAAGCGCCCGAGUGUAGUACGAACAGCAGUGCGAACCGCUUUCCCGUGAACCGUGAAUAUUGCUCCUGAGCUGGCCGGAGAGAAGCCUGCAUGUAAUCCUUGCAGAAGGAAGCAGGAAAAACGUACACACAAGCCAGUACGGAUGCCCACGGGCAGGUCAUCCUUUAAAGGGAUGCGAUGAAAACUGUUGCCGAGAAAGCUACCGUAGCUCAAGCGCCGGCUCGGUUGAGCGGAUGGAAAUAAGUACGUUCGUCGGCCCACGUACACCGUACAAGCCAUGAUCCAUCGGUUGUUGCUUUGUGCAGGUGCAAGUGAACCAAAAACGCCAUCCCGUUUGAGUUCCCGUGUGUGUGUGUGUGUGUGUGAGUUUCUGUGCUAGUGUUGUGCAUUCAUCCACACACAAAACAGAAGCUUGUUGAUCAAGUAAAACUGAUUGCAAAUCCCUGCGAAACACAUUUGCCGCUGCUUGUUGUUGUUGUUGUGUGGUAAAAAGUGCACACUAACACUCGCUCCCCGGGGACAUUCGGUACGGUGCUGCAUUUCAUAACUCCACCAUUCCUGCCUCCCUAUCAGCCACCCGCCCACCCACAUCCCUUCUUUGUUUACGGCUUUCAAUGGUGAACCUCGUCGAGCAGACAGGCACAGACACGACGACGACGAAGCCACGAUCACCCUCGCCACCGGCCGAACCGGCGACAGAUGUGAGCAACCUCCAAACGAGCCUCUUUCCCUCGACUGUGCCAACGGUGGCCGAGGCGAACGCAGCCGACAGUCGGUUCCCACUGUUUCUGGACCAGCCGGCAAGCUCCAGCGCACCGGACUCGGACAACGACGAUCGCAUACCCACCAACGACCCGGCCGGUGAUGAUGGUGACGAUGAUGAUGAUGAUCCGAGCGGCAAACGGACCCACCAAGACAGUGCACUAGACAGGCCGCGAGAGACGCGCCGCGUUCGAUCGGCCAUUUCACCCGUGUUUCUUAACGGGGCGGUAAAAAAACGCUGCCUACACCCGCCGCAAGCAACGAACGCAUUGGCCAGUGAGCCACUGCUGGUGCAGUUCGACGAAGAGCCAGCCCAGACGGGCUGUGAAGUGAACGGUGUUGACCGCGAGCCGCACCACGACAUGACAUCGACCGUUGCUGCCGUGACAGCGGCCGCCAAUAAAGCCGUCGCCGCACUGAUGCAGUACCGGCAGCAGCAGCAGCAGCAGCAACAGCAGCAAUCACAACAAGCAUCAUCCACUCAGAUGGUCCAGGGGAUGGGACCGUUUCCGGGCACGCCCGGGUUUCCACCGGGCGCCGCACAAACCGUCAGCACCGACAGUCUGUCCGUGCAGGUCGUCAAGGGUGCCACCGGAGCCGGCGGUGCUGGUAGUGCCGGAGGUGGUGGUGGUGGUGGCGGUGGCGGCGGAGGAGGUGGAGCCGGCGCGUUAGAUCAACACUCGCUCAGCACGCUCAAGCAGCAGCAGGACCAUCUUACGCAGCAGCAGCAACAGCAGCAGCAGCAUCAGCAGCACGCAGCGGUGGCCGCGGCCGCCGCCGCAGCAGCCGCCGCCGCCGCCCAGAUGAAUGCAGCCGCCACGACGCAAACGUUGCGAAAUUCCGUCAGUCAAUUCAGCCCCUCGUCAGUAUUGGGCGCCCCGCCAGCCACCUCGAUAGCGGUUUCGCUGCCCCUAUCGCUGCCCUCCACUAUGGUGAGUGGGGCCGGCUCGGCGGGCAAUGGUGUCGGAGCUGGGGCCGCCGGUAUGGCCGCCGUCAUGAACGCAAACGGUGGAUCACCGGGCGUCCCCACCAACGUCAACGCCAGCAGCAACGGGGGCGGCGCCGCAGUGCCGGGUGGAACCGGCGCUGGUGUCAACGGGAACCCGGCAGGCAGUGGUCCCAACGGUACCGUGGCGCUUUCGAACGGGAUUGAUCAACAGACUGUCAACAUGUCCGAGCUGAUGCAGCAAUCGGAGCAGGAAACAUCCAACAACGUAUCAAGUGCCAACACUGUGGACGCCGCCUCCUCGGUACUGAGCAGCGUCAGCAGCAACAACAGCAGCGGUGUCACCAACCAAACGAAUGCCGCCAUCGCCAUCGCCGCCGCCGCCGCCGCCGCAGUCAAUUCGAUAAGCAGCAACGCCAGCCCGAACAGUGCGAUCAACACGAGCAAUAGCGGCAACAACGGCAGCACGGUGAACGGCAGCAGUAGCGGCGGCAGCAUCGGGAGCAGUAUGGUCGUGACCGCUGCCGGACCGAUCGGCGCCGGCACCACGACCGUCGUGUCGGCCAUCCCACCCACCAUGACCUCUUCCGCGUCUGCGGUAGCGCUCGCCCAGCAGCAGCUUCACCAGCAGACGCUCCAAGCUCAACUGCAACAGCAGCAGCAGCAGCAGCAGCAACUCAAUGGCCAACAAACGAACCAGCAGCAGCAGCAGCAGGUGGUUGUCAGCAGUCAGCAGCAGUCACAGAGCGUGGCGGCGGCCGUCGCCGCACUGACCGACUCGAAAUCUCAACCAAAGCGACUACACGUGUCCAACAUACCCUUUCGCUUCCGCGAUCCGGACCUUCGAACAAUGUUCGGCCAAUUCGGCUCCAUACUAGACGUAGAGAUUAUCUUUAAUGAACGUGGCAGCAAGGGAUUCGGUUUUGUAACAUUCGCUAAUAGUAGCGAUGCGGAGCGAGCACGCGAACGUCUUCACGGCACUGUGGUUGAGGGACGCAAGAUUGAGGUCAAUAAUGCAACCGCACGAGUUCAAAGUAAAAAAGCUCCUGCUGUAUCAAGCGUGUUUCUGACGAAACAAGGCGCCGUCUCGGCCCCGUCACUGGCAGCCGUGUGCGUCCCGUGGCCCGAAGCAGGCAUACCGGCCCAUCCCGCACUGCUCCAUCAUCAGGCACUCGCGCAGCAUCUUUCGCAUCACACACUGUCCCUGCCGCACCAUCUCCACCACCAGCAGCAACAGCAGCAGCAGCAGCAGCAGCAGCGACAUCCGGCACUAGCCCUUCAUCUACCUCACCAAGGAGCGCCACAGCUGACGCCCCACCCGAUGGCAUCGGUGAUCGCCGGGCUGGCCAGAAACGCGGCAACCCCGGCGAGACAUCCAUCGCUCGCCAACCUGCCCGGGCUGGCGAACGGUACAAGCGCACCCGGCUCUACAGGUAGUGGGGGAGCCGCGAGCGCAACCGGAAACCCCAGCGCUGCUGGUGCUGGUGCUGGUGGUAGUGCGGCUCCGGCCGGAUUGCUUUCCAGCCACCCGGCAGCAGGAGCAGCAGCAGCAGCAGCAGCAGCAACGUACGCCCAGCUGAAUGGUGCCGCUGCCGCCGCCUACCAGUCUGUGUACUUCGACCCGUAUCUGGCGGCAGCAACAGCGGAUCCCAACUAUCGCCUGCAGGCUGCUAAACCGGUGACGGAGGUUCAAGCACAACCUACCAUUUUGAACGCUGCUGCGCCGCUACUGAAAACGCCACUGUCGCAAGCGCAGGCCCAGGCGCAGGCUUACUCCGCGGCCAGCUAUACAGCUGCAGCGGCACGGGCCGCCUACGGGGCGGCCGCUGCUGCAGCGCAACCCACCGUGGCCGGCUACACCACCGUCGCUGGUUACGGACGUGCGGAGUAUCCCGAUCCAUACCUGGGACACGGUAUCGGACCCGUUCCUGGCUAUGCGGCAACAAUGUACCGAGGAGGAUACAACCGUUUUGCGCCAUACUAAGGUGCCCGCUGGCACCACUUACGCACACAUACACACACACACACACACACACACACAGCUUCCUUACUGGCUCCAUGUAUGCAGCAGUUAAACGGAGAAAACAACAACAAAAAAGCCCCCAACCAACAUAAGAGCCAAAGCAAAAGGCGUGCGUGCUUCGUAUGCUUGUAACGUGCGCUUCAAUCCCCCCACACGCUUCCCCCCCUGUACACGAACGUUAGUUGGAAAGGACACCGAGGAUAGCAGCCCCUCCCUCAACAACACUUCCCUUUAUUUUCUCGGGUUGAUGUACAAAAGGACAAAAUUGGAAGUCGCUCUCUCAUCCACUUUGAGUUUGAUGAUUUCGUUGGAGUAGCUCCAUCUGCACAAUCAGACCGAACGACGACGUGUUUAAACUACAAGUUUCAUUGAUUUUGCCCCCCGCCACUGGAAUCCUUUUGGAACGUAGCACGGAGAGAGCGAGAGAAGGCAAAACAAACGCACAACAAAACCCCUAAAUGCAGCUAGCGGAGCGCAAAAGCGACAAACAAAAAGUAACAUCGAAACCAAAGCACAACAAUGGGAAGGUUUGUGUAAGUGGCCCCGUGCCGCGCUUUCCUUCUCCGUUUCAGGGAGAAAAUAAUGCACACAGAAACAAAAACACAUAAGCUUAAGCGAGCAAGGUGUAUCGUCAAGAACAUCACACGAAAAGAACAAAAAACCGCGUCUUCCCCAUUUGCGCAAACCGCAAGCCCUUGAAAAAGGUAUGCGCGCGGGCAUCAGUGCGGGCGUUCAGCAAGAGUGAGGUGUGAAGGAGGAGGAAUGUGUGACUCAAAACUAUGCGAUUAGUGAUUACAGUGUGUUUUUUUUUUUUUUCGUCUAUAAUGUGUGUAUUUUGUAAGCAGUUAGUUUAGUAGUAAUAUUCGGUAUUGUUGUUUUGUUUACGCUUUUUUUUUCGUCGUCGUGCGUGCGUGCGUGUCCUCUUUGAAAGCAGUAGGAUUAGUUUACCCCUCUCCCAUGUGGGUAUAUACAGAUACUAUAUUUCGUUUCGUUUUUCUUUUUCUUUGAAAUAUCGAGCUUCUAUUUCUAUCCUUUCUUUCUUUUUUUUGUCGCUGGAGUUAUAUGCACUCUCGUGCAAAGGCAGCUCUCUAAAAAGUGUGCAACAAAAUGGCUAAAAAAACCCCUCAAUCGCCAUUGCAAAAACGAAAAAAAAGGUUCGAAUAAUCUCACAGAACGCUUUCUUUUUGCUGAUAUUUUGAAACACCAAAGAAACGUGGCAACAAAUGCGCACACACACACACACACACACACACACACACACACACGCACAAACAUUAGUCGGCAAAGUGUGGCUUAGCUUAGCCCACACAAAUAUUAACAAAACCAAGAAUCUCCUUUGAUAUCUCUUUCUGUUCUUGUUCUAACGAUGGUUUAUAUUAUAUUAGCUUUGUAUAGCCGGCAAGGUUUUCCCUUACUUUAAUUAAGUAGCUAUGUGUGUGUAUGUGCUUUUUCUGUAUGAGUGUGCUUCUUUUUUUGCUUCUUUUUUUUCUCUCUCUCUCUCUCUAAACUCUCGUUAGUUUACAAGUUUCGCUUGUAACUUUGGAGUAACGCGAAUAAAAACGCUUCUAGUAAUACUCUGUUCGGCGCCGGAAAGGUAGUUCGUGAGUUUCCUCAAUUUAUGCACACACAUACACAAAGAUAAAAUUUAGCUGUGAAAACAAAAGAAGCUCAAUUUCUAAAAGAAAAAAACAAAAAAACAAACUUCUCAAUCGAGUCAUACUCGCCUCGAACGAUAAUUACGGAAUACACAUCCUCACGCACAGCUAGUUCUCGUCGGUUCCUUUCCUCUUCAGUUUCCGAUAGUUAUUAUUGUGUGCUAGCAAUUACAAAAGGAAACAUGUGAUAAUGAGUACACCUCCCGCUUCCCCCCCCCCCCCCCCCCCCCUUACCAACAUCAACACAUCUUCCGUAUUUAUUCUUCCAAUGAACGAAAAACAAAACAAAACAAACAAGCAAAAACGCGCACAAUAGAACAAAAUGAUAUCAUCACGCACCAGUAUACGUAGAACUUUGUUGUUUGGCUUUAGUAAUGUUAUAAAUGUGACUUGAAGUUUUGAUUGUGUUUUCCCCAACCCCUCAAAACAAAUCACCUCGUUUUUUGCGCACCCAAAAACGCUAAGUUUAGUAGCUCUCGGUUGGCUUCCAAAAAUGUGCAACUCCUGCGCAUUUGUGGACAAUGCGCGUGUAAGAGUAAUGAAACGAGUCCUCCAGAACUAGUGUAGCCAUAGGUCCUUUACCAAAAACAUAAAAACAACAACUCAAAUUGUCGUCCGCCCCACGACGAAUGAUCACGAAUCCACGAAUCAAGCGCUCAAGUGAACCGUUUAGUCAAACCUUUUGUGCAAAGAUGUGAUGCAGAUGCUCCUUUAACUACACAAAACACACACGCGCGUAUAUAGAUAUAUGUGAAUGGCAGAAGGAAAGCAGGAACAACACGAUUUAGAGAUACUUUGGUGUUGCCUCACCCCCGUACCCGUUUACAGCGCUGUAAGCGAAGGCGUGAAUCCCAAAGUUGUAGAAAAGCAAAGGCUCAUUAACUCAAGCAGGAGAAAGCAAGCGAAUGUAAAGGAUAUAAUGGGGAGAUGGUGUAGGAGGGCGAAAGUGAAGAAAAGGAAAGGUAGAAAUGGUGUAAUUUUGACAGAAAUCUGUCGUUUCUAAGAAACCCCAAACCGCGCCAAUUCAAUGUAUAACACGCAAAGGAGUAUAGAGAGCAUAGAAUAUACAUACGAAGCUGUAUAUGUAAAAGAAACCCCCAGGCCCAAAAUUUCCCUUUUUAUGCUCUCAUUUUCUUGUGACUGUUUUGCAGGGAGCCAAAAAUGUCAAUGUAUGUAUGUGUGGUGUGGUUUUUUGUGUUUCGUUUGUGAAACUUCACUACCAAGCAGUGAAGGCGGCAGUCGCAGUAUAAUUCAAAACACACA